ACUCGUAACACCGUUGUUCGAAACUUCAAAUCAAAAAAAGCUCAGAGAACCCAUCCCGCCGCCGCCGUGUACUCCGACCGCCACCUCCAUUCGCCGAUGUACUCUCAAUCCCUUGGUAAUUAUUGAUUUCUUCUAUUAUCCUUUGAGUUAAAGUCGAAGGAGUGCGAUUAUUCUGAUUUGAGAAGCAAAAAUACCAAAGAGUGAAGAAAAGAAAAGAAAAAAUGCUGUACAUAAUUGGUUUAGGGUUGGGUGAUGAGCAAGACAUCACUCUCAAAGGCUUGGAAGCUGUGAAGAAGUGCAGCAAGGUUUACAUGGAAGCCUACACUUCCCUCCUCUCCUUUGGUCUCUCCACCAAUGGCAUCUCCAACCUGGAAAAACUAUACGGUAAACCCAUUAUUCUUGCUGACAGAGAAAUGGUAGAAGAAAAGGCUGAUGAAAUUCUCUCUGAAGCUGAUCAUGCCCAUGUUGCUUUCCUUGUUGUUGGGGAUCCUUUUGGGGCUACCACUCACACUGACCUGGUUGUUCGAGCAAAGAAGAUGGCAAUUGAAGUCAAAGUAGUACACAAUGCAUCUGUGAUGAAUGCUAUUGGAGUUUGUGGUCUACAGCUUUACCGUUAUGGGGAGACCGUUUCUAUACCAUUCUUUACAGAGACUUGGAGACCUGAUAGCUUCUAUGAAAAGAUUCAAAGAAACCUAUCAAUGGGACUGCACACGCUUUGCUUGUUAGAUAUUCGUGUGAAGGAACCCACACUAGAAUCUUUGUGCAGAGGAAGAAAAGCUUAUGAACCACCCAGAUAUAUGACAAUAAACACAGCCAUUGAGCAGCUCUUGGAGAUUGUGCAAGCACGUGAAGAACCUGCAUAUACUGAGGAUACCGAGUGUGUUGGGCUUGCACGGCUUGGGAGUGAAGAUCAGAUGAUAGUAGCUGGAACAAUGAAGCAGUUGCAGAUGGUUGAUUUUGGAGCACCUUUGCAUUGCCUUGUUAUAACAGGCCAGACCCAUCCUGUGGAGGAAGAAAUGCUGUAUUUUUACAGAUGCAGGACAUCGAUACAACAUUAAGACAGCAGCACCAGUUUAAUUUAGCAAAAAAGACUUGUUUGUUUCUUUUGAAGGAACCCUUGUAUUUUUGUUCUUCCUGUAAAAACUUUUUGGUUGCUAAUCAGGGCCAAAAUUUAACUAAAUUCAUUGGUGGCUGAAAAAUUAUGGGUAGCGGGCUUUGAAGAACUAGGUUUUGAAAUAUUGUUGUGCAUGCUGCUUAUGGUCUGUUUGGUAGAGGCAAAAGAUGGUAGAAAAGGAGUAAAACGAAUACUAAAAAUUUGUGGA